GGGGGGCGUGGCGCUCAUAGUCACGUGACGGCGCCAUCCGGGUCCUUUGCCUUCUCUGCCUCUUCCCAACAUGGCCGCCUCAGCUAAGAAGAAGAACAAGAAGGGCAAGACCCUCACUCUGACGGACUUUCUGGCAGAGGAUGGUGGCGGCGGCGGGGGCCCGACCUACAUCCCCAAACCCGUCAGCUGGGCCGAUGAGACAGACGACCUGGAAGGCGACGUUUCCACCACUUGGCACAGUAACGAUGAUGACGUGUACCGGGCCCCUCCGAUCGACCGCUCCAUCCUGCCCACCGCCCCGCGGGCUGCUCGGGAACCCAACAUAGACAGAAGCCGCCUCCCGAAAUCCCCCCCCUACACCGCCUUUCUGGGAAACCUGCCCUACGACGUGACGGAAGAAUCCAUCAAGGACUUCUUCAGAGGACUCAAUAUAAGUGCUGUGCGUUUGCCGCGAGAGCCUACCAAUCCGGAGAGGUUGAAAGGUUUUGGUUAUGCUGAGUUUGAAGACAUAGAGUCCUUGUUCCAGGCCCUGAGCCUCAAUGAAGAGUCUCUAGGGAACAGAAGAAUACGAGUGGAUGUUGCUGAUCAAGCUCAGGAUAAAGAUCGGGACGAUCGCUGCUUUGGCAGAGAUCGGGAACGCUUCCGUGACUCCGAGAGGUUCGAGAGCGACUGGAGGGCCCGUCCUGCCACCACCGAUAGCUUUGAUGAUUACCCGCCCCGCAGGGGCGACGACAGCUUCGGAGACAGGUAUCGGGAUCGCUACGAUGAUCGGUAUCGUGAUGGUCCGCGGAGGGAUAUGGACCGUGGCUUUGGGGGCAGGGAUCGCUACGAUGACCGCAGCAGAGACUAUGACCGAGGCUACGAUUCCAGGAUAGGCAGCGGCAGGAGGGCCUUUGGCAGCGGGUAUCGCCGGGAUGACGACUACCGAGGCUGCGGUGACCGCUACGAAGACCGCUAUGACCGGCGGGAUGACCGGAUGGAUAGGUGGAACUCCCGGGACGAUUACGGCCGGGAUGAUUUCCGCCGCGAGGACAGAGGUCCCACCCAGAGGCCGAAGCUGAACCUGAAGCCCCGGAGUGCGCCCAAGGAGGAGGAGACCUCUGUGGCCCCUGCGCCCCAGUCCAGCCGGGCUGCCUCCAUCUUUGGGGGGGCCAAACCGGUGGACACGGCUGCCAGGGAGCGGGAGGUGGAAGAGCGGCUGCAGAAGGAGCAAGAGAAGCUGCAACGCCAGCUGGAGGAUGAUAAGAGGAUAGAAAGACGACCCCGAGAGAGGCAUCCCAGCUGGCGAAGCGAAGAGAACCAGGAGCGAUCGCGGACGGGGAGCGAGUCCUCGCAGACCGGCAACUCGGGGCCCCCCGGCACCUCUGUGGGAACCGGCCCGACGGGCAGGACCACGCGAAGGAGGGAGAGCGAGAAGUCUUUGGAGAACGAGACGUUCACCAAAGAGGAUGAUGCCCCUUCUCCCAGCUCCAAGCCGAAGGAGGAGAAGCAGCCUCUGAAGGUGAUGCCGGCGCCGCCGCCCAAGGAGAACGCCUGGUGAAGCGGAGCAGCAACCCCCCUGCCCGCUCGCAGAGCUCAGAUUCGGAGCAGCACUCUCCUACGAGCAGCAGCCAGACGGCAUUA